UUCCGUCAUGGUAGAGUGGUAAUGUGCUUGCUUGUUAAUGUUAGGGAUACGAGAGGAGAUCUAGCUUCGAAGGUGAGAGUAGAAGCUUCAUUUCGUUCUAGGCAUCGAGAGCUCUGCUCUGUGCGAGUUAGGAAAAAAGUUAGAACCCCCUAUAUGUUUAUAAUGCAGCAGGAUUCGGAACACAAUACGAAAGAUAGUCAAGUCGCGCUUCGGUCAUGGAAUUCUGCCUUUUACUACCAAUCACGCCGGGCCUCCUUAUCGCCCCCAUGAUGACACAGUGCCAGCGUAUUUGCCUGAUACUAAAGUUACAAACGCCUAGUGAGGAGUUCUUAAUUCAAGACCAGGCAUAGACACACGAUUCGUUUCAUUCUGGUAGAGACUUUUAGCCGUGUGCCUGGCUAAGCCAGUUGAAACAUAAAAAUCCAAAUGCCUUCUUGUACUCGCCUCAUUGCUUCUUUGUACAGACUCUGUAUCGCGACUGGUACUCCGCGCGGUCUGAUACGACGACCGGAGUAGAGCAGUCUUGAGAUCUUUACAUUAUUGUUUAUUGAGAGACAUUAUUGUUUAGAUCGAUUGAAGUGACACCUUCUUUAAUGUGCGUGGUGGCCGCCUGUGGUUUGUCUGUGGCCAAUGUAUCCAUGUAAAGGGAGAGGGCAGUAUUGGGCUGUGUAAUAUUCCAUGGCAGGUAAGGUGACGGGUGAGAGAGAGAAGGCUCCGUGUUUUGUGUGAGCCCAUGUGUGAGUAGCGAAUGCCUUCGGUCGAGCCUGAAGGCUGGUUGAGAGUAGGUGGCAUCGGAACUUAUGCUGAUAGGCAAUUGCUAGACGUGUCUAUGUGAAGAACAAUGGAUGGCCGAUUACGAUAAUUAACUGACGAUUAAUUUUGUGAUUUGUACGGAUCAGAAUCCAGGAUAUUCUUUGGUUCUAGUCCAUGUAAUGGCGACUCAACAACAAAAAGUUGUUGUGGCUAGCAGGACCUGAGUGAAGAAAGCCCUACUUGUGAAAGAUUUACCAAAAUGAAUGACUGUCACGGACAACCCCGAACGGUUCCCGGGUGUAAUCUCAUGUUGUUCUACGACCCAGCACCUCUGUGAGCUGCCGACCACGGUCAAGCUCCCGCAAUGUCUCUAGGUCAGGAGCUCGUGGUGUGGCCCUCCGGCCUUGCACCGGGGGACCUUGAAGCUUACGGCUACGACGACCGUCUAGCGCCUCCAGGAGCGGCAGGACCAGCCGGCGUCACCGGCGUUAGCGGACUCAAUUCACUAGCCGUAGCAGCCCCCGGAGGCCUUGAGGCAUCAGGCAUGGGGGUAUCGGCCCUUGGAGGCCAAGGUCCAGUUGGUACUGCGAACGUAUUCGAGAUGGCUUCACCACCGCAGGGUGUCGUGGCUUCACUGCACCAACACACGCAUCCGCAUACGCACCAUCAUUCGCAGCAUCAGGGAACCGCAGAUCGACAACCAACGGCUGGAACGGGAUCUCACGAUCCUCAACUGGUAAACGAGCAAUAUGCACAGGCUUACGUGGCAGCAUUGGCUGCUCGUCUUCAACCGCAGUUCGCUAUUGGGGACGAUAUCGCCACUGAUGCUGAUAUGUCUGAUCUACCGGAAGUCCUCGACUUGCAUCAACCCGCUGUGUCACACCGAGGUUCCAUGGCCUGCACGCAGGAGCCCGGAGAUGGUGCUGGAUCUUUAGUCCUAGUGCCGCAGGACCCAACGUCGGCCUUACAAACGGCCGUACUGCCGAAUCUGCACUUUGAUCAUCUUGACAAAAACGCAUUGUUUGACCUGCUUCAAGCGCCGGGACCGCCCGAACUUCGUCCGUCUACUCAGCGAUACUUCGACGGCGCAGGCUCUCAGGGAACCAGUUCGCAUUCAGCCCCAUACAUCACUUCCGGUGGCACAUCGCAGGCGUCGCCCGGUUCAUACAGCCUUGAAAACUAUAAUUACUCGCCAGUAUCAAUUGUCGCAGCGCCUCCUGUCAACCACCAUCUCAGCACUGGUAAUAACAACCACAGUCACCUCACAAAUGGUAGUCCAGUUUCAGGAACUGGCCCCAGCAUCGACCUUCAUAAUAAUGCUGGUGGAUCCAGCCAUUCAUCUUCCCCAAGCCAUCAUCAUCAUCACCAUGUCAAUCACCACAGCCACCUCGUCCAUCCCUCGUCGUGUUCCUCGCAUAGUGGCCCUGGUGGAAAUGGAAUCAAUGGUGGCGGCGGAGGUGGACCUCAUUUACCCUCCUCAUCAACAUCAUCGUCGACUUCAACGUCACCCUCUGGUUCCGCAUCGCUGUCGUCACUUUCGCUUUCGUCGUCAUUGACACCGACAGGGGUAAACAUAGGAACUCCAUCAUCCGUAUGUUCAUCCCUCGCUAGCCACUCCUUGCAGCAUCACCAUCAACCGCAUCCUCAUGGAUGUAAUUCUUCUUCGAGCACUCACCACUCUGCAUGUUCAAGCAGCAACCAUCACCUCACCGGCGCCCCCCACCAUGCGUCCAACGGACACCAUUCGAAUGCGGCCAGCAGGAGCCACCACCACUUAUCAUCUCCUUCAGCUACGUCAUCAACGAUCGCUGCUAUUACCAGCAUCGGAAUGACGGGACACGGGGGUAGUAGCACCAGCUCGAGUGGGGGAUCAGGGACGGGCUCGAGCUCUGUUGAAACCGGAAGUGGAGAUGAGGGUGGCGCCAGCAACAACAACAAUGAUCAGGGAGUUGACAGCGUCCAUAGUAACCACAGUGGCAAUAGCAGUCAUCAUAACAACGGGGAACAUGGCGGAAGCAACCAUGCUAACAACAAUAAUACUUCUCAUCAGAAUCAUCAAUCAGGCUUAAGCUCGCACCACUCUGCGUCGUCUGGAUCCCACCACUCAGGCGGCUCUGCUGGCCACCACCAGCAUGUACACCAGCAUUCGCAGCAACAACAGCCAGAACAACAGGCUCAGGGCCACCAUCAACAUGUUUCGCAGCAUUUGCAACAGCAUUCGCAACCGCAAUCGCAUUCACAGCAUUCGUCUCAAACGCAGCCGCAGUUUCAUCAUCUAGUGAAUAAUAAUUCGCCUCUGAUCAAUAAUGGCAACGGGGGGACGAACAAUGUAGGUCACAGUAACAAUAACAAUAAUGGCAGUGUCGGAGCCGGCAGCGCCACGGGAGGUGGUCAAAGCCAAAAUCAGAACUAUCCAAUCAACCAUAAGCAAAUGCUAGCUCAGAAGUAUGCCGCAGAAGAGCUUCAGAACAGCGCGUAUUCGCAAAUGAUUGGGGGGCUCGGCGGGCUAGGGACUGGUGGGUCGGGCCUUGGCACUUUGAUGGGAGGAUCUUCAGCAUCGUCUGGAGGAGGCCUAGUCCUGACUUCGGCGUCUUCAACAUCGACAUCAUCAUCAGCAACUCUCGGAGUUAAUGGAGUCGUUGGAGUGAGUGGGGUUGGGGGUGUGAACUGUCUUGGAAGUCUCCAGCUGGACUGUGGCGGCGUCGAUUCGACAGGCCUUUUGCAUCCGCAGCUGUACAUGGGGUCUGUGGAUCCUAUGCAGACGAUUUUAUGCAAAGAUGAUACACCAAACGAUCUGCUAGAAGGCACAAUUGUAGGCGUGGACCUAUCACUUUCGAAAAGCCAUGCCAAUACUUCGCUGUGCCCUCAGAACCGUAUUCCGUCACAGAUUGUAAAUGUGAACCAAAGACAAGAUGGCGUUAGUGUCUUACGGCCACCAAAGAAAGACCGUAGCAGCCUUCAAAGCAAUAGGAGGUCUCCGCAGCCAAAGGACGAUUGCGGUACAUUCUGCGACGAAUGUGGUCUGUUCUACGAGAAGGAGUGCUCCCAACACCGUGUCCUGAUGAUUAAAGACGAGCGAAUCCAAUCAAGAGCCUUUGCGACGCUUCCGUCGAACCACCUAGUCAUACAAAAUGUCGCCUCAAAUGUGAACGGUCCGCCCGUUUACGCCGUGUUUAGCAGGAACGUCAUUCCGCUACGGACAAUGUUCGGCCCAAUGGAGGGGGUGCCAAUCAAGACCACCCAGAAACCAAACGUGCCUUUUCCAAUUUUUCUGUCAGAAGACGUCAGCGGUUGCGUGAUCCUGGACACACGCGAUGAGGAGCGAUCAAACUGGAUGUCCUUUGUCCGUACAGCCGCUUCACCUUCGGAACAAAAUAUGGCAAUUGUUCAGCAGGGGGGGCAAAUUUUCUUCAAGGUUGUCACACAGAUUUUACCGAAAACCGAGCUCAAGGUGUGGUAUUCAGACGCCUACAUACAGCGAUAUCGGCUUCAGCAAAAUGUCUGCGAGUGCUUCGACUGCGGCAGCACCUUCUCAAAUUCAGAAAUCCUCAUUCAGCACUUCGUUAACGAACAUAAUGACGCGCAACACUUAAGCAGCUUAACGGCUGCUGCAGUCGUUCCGGCAGGACACCCAGCUGCGAUGCCGAACCAGGAUGUAACAGGCCAAUUAUGCCAGGUCCGCAAGCCAAAAAUACCACGAUACCCGAGUAGUGGUCAAUGGCAGGAAUCCUCUACGAGCCGCCAGCAGCAUUCAGCUUCGCAGAUGACGGGUACCGUUCUAAUUCCAACUGCCAACGAGUUAUCGAAUCCGAAUCUCUACCUGACGGAUUCAUUGAUUGACAAUCUGAUGCCACGGAAAUCGAAACGGAACUAUCCUAUGCAUUCGACAUGUGCCCAAGACGCAUUGUUACUAUACAACACAGCUGACAAGGCACUCGAUGCUGUUGAACUCAUUGAGCACAUCACCCAGUUGAGCAAUGAAUGCGGCGCCAGCCUUCAAACCGAGAUUAUAGCGAGCGACGGAUACAGCUGUAUGUCAUCCCCAUUGACAAUACAACAGCCCCAGCAACUGCCUCAUGAACAAGACCAGCCUCAGCAACAUCCGGCUUCGACGUCCUCCGAGCAGCAACAGCAACACCAACAAGAUCAAGCGCAGUCAUCCUCAACCAACAGGGAUCUCGCCAAUGAGUUCUUCGAAACAGACCGUUGCGUUGAUUUUGCGCAGGUCGAAACGCCGGUUCAAACCGCGGUGGAAACGCCACCAGUUAAUGCAGCUCCAAUGGAUGUCACUGCAGUGCAAACCCAACCGCUAGAUACCACCGUAGAAGAAAACCAAAGACAAACGCCCUCAGUAACUGAGAAACGGCCACCACCAACGUCAGCCGCAUCCUCAGAUCAAAAUUCUGAGGAGAAUUCGAAUCAUAACCAUCAUCAACACCAGCAAAGGCGGUACGACGCCGUUGACCAUUUGGACGACACGGAUGAAGUAAUCGACGAGGCUACAAUGUAUUAUCCGUGCAAAAAGAAACGAACCGAUGCUCGUGAAAAAGAGCGCGUCCCAUGCCAGACAGCUCUAUCUGCGAGAGCCGGGGAUCUUGUCGCGCCAGUGCAACAAAGGCUGCUCCAUAAUAGUGAGCAGCCGAAGGUGGUCCCUAGUAAAAUUUCGAAAUUCUUGCAGAGGCGAAAUGAAGAAGUAGCAAGCAGAAGUCCAGAAGAGACUACUUCAUCGUUGCACUCGAGCUCUUCGAUGCAUUCGGUUGACUCAAGCGUCCGCUCAGACGAAACGACGUCAGACUCGUCCAACUCGUCGCUACAAGAAGAACUUCCCCCGCCGUUGCCACAGCAGAAGCGGUUUAUUAAGAACAUUAAGAACAAACACUAUGUUCGGGCUGAUAGCAAUUUAACUAGUAUCGACAACAUCGAUUCGCCUCUACCAUCGGAGGAAAGUGCGAGUCCUAACGAGGACGUGGCAACAAACGGUGAAACGUGCGAGCUGACUGAACCCAAUAGUGUGAAUGAUAGAAGAAAUAAUGUCGGUAGGGUAAACACUGACGGUGGCGACAACGCUGAAAGAGUUUCACAAGGUGAGAGCCCACCGCGCUCAAAAAGUCCGAAGGCAACAUUCAUGACACCGCUGAAAAAAAAAUUGCCAAAGUCGAUCAUGGAGGAAACGCAGCCGAAACGGGUCAACCAGUUAGGACUUAACGGGGGGGAGGUGCAAAGUGCCGAAGUGACAUCAGCUGGCUCUGAGCUACCGAGCGAAGGCAGUAUUCACAUGCAGGCAGCUAUAGUGGCAGUGACUAGUGGCAAGGAAAAAAAAAAGCGGCUGGAAUAUCCAUGUCUCCUUUGUGAGCAGUCUUUCUCAUAUGUGACGACGCUGCGCCUGCACUCGAAAGAACAUAGCACACCCGAAGGAUUCAAGUGUCCAAAGUGUCCGCGGACCCUCAAUGAUUUCUUAAUGCUAAGGCGCCACAUUCGACUCUAUCACAUCUAUCCAACGACAAAAUCAUUUCGCUGCGAGACUUGCGGGAAGACUUUCUGUCAAACCGACAAAUAUAAGCGACACAUUCGGGUACAUGAAGCAGGCGACAAAAAAUUCAAGUGUGAUAUCUGUGGGAAAAUCCUCAGUCGAAAGGACAAAUUAUUGGACCAUGUACGAAACAUGCAUUCUGAAGAGAACUCGCAAGAACCCGGCACUAAGAAGGAUGAUGAAGAAGGCUCGCAGACGAUGGAUACGAGGAAAGCUCCUCCGGAUUCGACACAGCCAGCACUGUCGACGCCGGAAAAGUGCCGCCUCAAACGAGAGGGGGCUGGAAUUCAGGUUCGGUCCUUCCAGUGUGAUCAAUGCGGACGUGGUUUCCGUAAGCGUGGCAUGCUUGCCCAACAUUACGCCAAACAACACCCGGAACUGCCUCCGGAGAGCACUUCAUUGGAAGACCAGUUCGAAAAAGUCAUCAGCGAGUUUCCUUGUCCCUACUGCGAUAAAAGUUACAAGUCAAGCACGAAAAGAAAACAACAUAUUGAGCAGAAUCAUCCAAUGUCGGAAGUCCCACAGAGCUACAAGACGCUGGCAGCUUCAGUCCGAGUGGCCUAUGUGAAGUGCCCGUGGUGCCUGAGUCAAUAUACGGUACGCUGCAAGCUAUACGCCCAUCAACGCGCGAAGCAUCAGAAGCUUCUUGACAUACUCAAUGUUACCGGAAUAACGGACGACUCAUGGGAAAAAGUCGACCUCGAAAAAAAGGCUGCUUGUAUGAAGAUUCAGGCAGCGAUUGAAGCUGAGCUCCUAAAACGUAAGGAACAACAAGAGAAUUCUGCCAUAAGCAAAGCUGGCUCCAGCGACAGCAGCGCCACCCGUAUAAACAAUGCCGGUUGCUACAGCACCUCAACGGGAUCGUCUGCUGCUGCGAAGAUGGUAGGUACGAGCAGCGCGAACCAUACCAAACGAGACCCCCAACAGCAUCACAACAGGAUUAGAAACAAGAAUAGAAUAGCGUCAAAUUAGACGAAAUGGCGCAAGACGCUAGGAUAAAUAAAGGAAAAACUCGCAGGCAGGCAAAGAGGUAAACGGAUAGGGUCACUACGGAGGAUUGAAGAAUACUCAGGCCUAUAGGCAAAAAGCAAGGAUCGUCAGGAUUUCCUGUCCGUGAACAAAGAAGGCGCCAGCGGUUCUGUAAAUCAAGGCCACACGUCGACUGUUGAUCAGGACACUUUGUGUCAGCGUGAUAUCAAAUACAUACGUAUGGCCCAUCAGAGAUAAAACGUUUGAUAAGCUUAGUAGUGAUGUAAUACUGUUACAUCAAUAGAAAUAAUUACCAAUCGAAUCACUCUUGUGAAUACUAACCCGAUUUGGGUGGAAAGACGUGGUUAAAUAAAACAUAGUUUAUGUAUACAUAGGAUAUAUUUGCUAACUACUAUUAUUUAGAGGUAUAUAAUACAAUAUUAUAUUAUACAUACAAAUAUAGUGUUUACUUACACGUCAGCAGCAAGUACAUUACUUUUUUAUUGUUCAUAUGUAGCGUCGCCUAUAUGCAUUAUAAACUAUACAUUCAACUUGUGAUAUAAAUAAAGAUAUUCUACAUUAGCCGGUGUGGACAUGCGAAUACAGACCCGCACCACAUAGCUGUAGCAAGACGUGUUAUUGAAGUACUAGGAGGUCCUAACAAGUUUGCUCAUUUCUCAUCGGGAGCGAUGACUUCACUGCAAAUUAUCUGGGCGAACGAAUGGUGCUCUUCAAAAAUGCCGUAGUGAUGGGGAAGGUGCUUUUUCCGGUUACGAAUCAAAUAAGAAAUUUCAGAAGAUGGCUUCAACUUACGGUCCAUGCCAUAAUUCAGAUUUUUUUAUCGUGGUAUACGAUAUUUGGGCACUCAGGAUAGAUUCUGGUAAUUAGAUACUGUUUGUUGGCCAUAUACAUACAUAAGUUGGUAGAGACGAAGAAUAUUGCAUGAGCAUGAACGGGUUAUAGUGGUUACCGAUAAUUUUUACGUUCUCUUAUUUUUUUAUGGUUCUUUAAGCAAAGGAAAACUACAUUUGCUCUUGCCACUUCGAUCCUUGUCGUAGGAGCGUUUUCUCAUGCUGUACAACCGUAUGUGCACGAUAUAAAUCCGGUACGACCAAACGAGCAAUGGGUUAUAAUCACUUAUUAAUGGGGUGAAAUACAAAAAAAAGUUUAGUUUACCUAUAAUAGAAACCAUUUGUUCCCUAUUACUACAGAUGGCUAUUAGGCCCAAAUGCAAAAUUCUAAUAGGUUGCGCUUUAUGUAUCCUAGACAACGUUGAGAAAUCGAAUGAUCCCUUUACAGUAUAUAAAUUGAAACCUUGGCUGGUUACGAUCCGUGAUUUGUCCUGUAAUCAAUGUGAACAGCCUCAACUUUUACAAAGGAUACUGGUUCACUUGCUACGCUGUGGGGAAGGAAAUAAAAUUGUUGUCUCAAUGUUCCACCCGCUCAGUUCAUAAGAUGUAUAUAUACUAUGUAAAUAAAGUUAAUGAUAAAAAAAACAGCGUUGAAAUACUCACAUGACAACGUUAUACGUG